GUAGCUGCGCGUACGCCGCACGCCGCACCGCCAUCUAUCGGUUUACGUUGCGUUCGAUUUUUGUAUUGACACAUCGAUUUUUUCAAUUUCUAUUUUGGUUUUUGUGUGUGUGACUGUACUUGGACGUGUCGAGAUGGCGAUAACCUGCGACUGUCCCAUGUCGCAGCCGGGGCCCACCCUGGCGGCGACGUGCGGUGGAGGUGCCUUCAUGCUGUUCAUGGGACUCCUGGAGGUGUUCCUUAGGAGCCAGUGCGAUUUGGAAGACCCCUGUGGCAGAGCUCAGUACCGACGCCAUAUGGACUCGGUGUAUGACUUCAUAGUGGUUGGGGGAGGGUCAGCCGGCUCCGUGGUCGCUGCCAGGCUCUCCGAGGUGCCUGAGUGGAGGGUCCUGUUACUCGAAGCAGGUUUCGAUGAACCCACCGGUGCACAAGUGCCAUCCAUGUUCCUGAACUUCAUCGGGUCCAGCAUAGACUGGGGAUACACCACGGAAUCCGAGCCGGCAGCUUGUUUGGCCGAGACGGACAGAAAGUGCUACUGGCCUAGAGGAAAAGUACUGGGUGGUACGUCUGUGAUGAAUGGAAUGAUGUACAUGCGAGGUUCUCGAAGGGACUACGACAGCUGGGCGGAAGCUGGCAACGAGGGCUGGUCAUACGAAGAGGUGCUUCCGUACUUCCUCAAGUCGGAGGACAACAAACAGGUGGAAGAGAUGGACAAGGGGUACCACGCGACUGGUGGCCCCCUGACCGUGUCACAGUUUCCGUACCAUCCCCCGUUGAGCUCCAGUAUCGUGAAGGCUGGUGAAGAAUUGGGAUAUAGAGCUAUAGACCUCAACGGCGAACACCACACUGGCUUCGCGAUCGCCCAGACCACCAACCGCAACGGGUCCAGGCUGAGCGUCGCCCGCGCCUUCCUGCGACCAGCCAAGCACCGUCCCAACCUGCACAUUAUGCUAAACGCCACCGUCACCAAGAUCCUCAUCAAUCAGACCAACAGGCAAGCGUACGCCGUCGAGGUCAGGAACAGUUUUGGUGGGACCGAAGUUAUUUUUGCUAACAACGAAAUUGUUUUAAGCGCUGGAGCAGUAGCGUCGCCACAAAUUCUCCAACUCAGCGGCAUCGGUGAUCCUGAAGUACUAUCCCGGGCUGGAGUCAAGACGAUCCACCGUCUGCCGGCCGUUGGUCACAAUCUCCACAACCACGUGGCUCACUUCCUCAACUUCCAAGUGAACGAUAACAACACAGCUGCCCUCAACUGGGCGACUGCUAUGGAAUAUCUGCUCUUCAGAGACGGACUCAUGUCUGGCACUGGCAUAUCUGAAGUGACAGCUUUUAUCAACACGAAGUAUGCGAACCCAGCGGAAGACAAUCCGGAUAUUCAACUAUUUUUCGGUGGUUUCCUCGCCGACUGCGCGAAAACCGGCAUGGUUGGAGAACGAUUAGACAACGGCUCCAGGACAAUACAGAUAAUACCUACCGUGCUGCAUCCUAAAAGCAGGGGCAGACUGGAGAUAGCGUCUGCUAAUCCGUUCGAUUAUCCCAAAAUAUACGCUAACUACCUAACUCAUGCAGACGACGUGAAAACUCUAAUUGAAGGCAUCAAAUUUGCCAUUAAACUCUCUGAAACGAAAGCCUUGAAGCGGUACGGUGUAAAAUUGGACAAGACUCCGGUGGCUGGUUGUGAGAAGAUCAAAUUUGGAUGUGACGCGUACUGGGAGUGCGCUGUGAGGAUGCAGACUGCUCCAGAGAACCACCAGGCCGGCUCCUGCAAGAUGGGACCACGUGGGGAUCCAACUGCUGUUGUAGAUAAUCUACUGCAGGUACAAGGCGUCGACCGGCUGCGCGUGGCCGAUGCGAGUAUAAUGCCAUCAGUGGUUUCUGGCAACACUAACGCGCCCGCCAUCAUGAUUGGCGAACGUGCUGCUGAUUUUAUAAAGCAGCGUUGGCUGGGAUCGACGCUGGCGCCAUUCCCUCUGGGUGGACACGGUGGCAUUUCCAACGUCCUGCAGGCGAGUGACACGCAACCUCAAGCCAUAUGGCAACGAUGGGUGUAAAAAAACAGUACACCGACUCAAUAUUAUUGUAGGCUUCAUUAA